GUUCUGCAAAAAGCACGGGGGGAACAAAGGAAUAAAUGAAUCCAUCUGUGGAUAAACUGCGAUAAGAGCUGCGAUAAGAGCUGCGAUAGGAGCUGCGAGCAGCAGAGCGAGACAGCCGGGGCCGAGCAAAGCGCUCGUGGCAAUUGGGCCGUUGGCUCCUUCCCUACCGUUAUGGGCGGAAGGAACCGGCCUCCUCCCGGCCGCUGUCGGAUCCCGGCGCUGCUCCAUGUCCGCCCCAACGCAGGACGCAAAGACUCACCUGCAGGUGCUGCAGGACCCCGGUUUGCAGCCCCCCGCUGCUGAGGGCGAUGCCAACCCCGCUGCCGAGCCGCAGGGAAAGAGCAAGAAGAGGAAAAGCACGAGCAACACGCAGCCGUGCAAAAAGGUCCCACCUCGGGACGCGCUGGGCCGGCUGCCACGUCUGCGCCCCUUGUAUCAGUACAUCAACCUCAGCACGGAGCUGAUGUGCCCAGCAGGAGGGGAAGGGGAAGGCAGGCAGCAGCACACAGCCAGCACUGACAGGAGAUGCUCAGAGCUGCAGCAGGAUCAGCAAUCCUCUACCUGGAAAGCAUUGCAGGAAGAUGCUGAACUGCCACUGGUGCAGCUGGAGGGAACAGCGCGUCAUUUACACCCAUCUGCUUCCUUCCUUCAGCCCACAGCUGAUGAGUGCUCAGAGCCAAGGACCAAGCAGGCUCCCACCCUUUAGAACAGCACAUCAGGACACUUGUUUAUGUUGAAAGGAAAUAAAUACCUGCAAGUAAAUGUCUCA